AUGAAGGUGCUGAACCAGUUUAUUGUAUUCUUUGUUGAUGUUGUCAACAACGGCAUCUUCCCACAUAGCCGCAAUAGCACCGAAGAGCUCCAAUUAUCAAUGUCUGAAGAAGUUACUUAUGCGGAUUUGAAAUUCCAGGACUCCAGUAAGAGAGAAAAUAUGGUAGCAUUUGAGAAACUUGAGACAAAAGCUUGCCCUGCUCCUUCCCGUGUAUGGCACCUCAGAGUUUUGACUUUUCUUUGUCUUCUGCUGCUGAUUAGCCUGGGAGUCUUAGGAGGAAUGUUUUAUGUAACAUUCAAGCAACAUGUGGAAGAAGUAAAUAAACUGCAAAAAGUCAAAGAUGAACUUCAAGGAAAUGUUUCCCUACAAAUGAUGAAUAACACGAAUAAUACUAUGAUGAUCGGGAAACUUUCUUGCACUCUGCAAGAAAUGGCCAGAGAAUUAUGCCGUAAACUAUAUGAAAAAGAUCAAGGGCACAAAUGUCAACCUUGUCCAAGCAGAUGGAUAUGGCAUGAUGACAAGUGUUACCUUUUCAAUGUGGACACUACUGAAACAUGGCAAGAUAGUAAAAAUAAAUGCUGGGAUCAGAAUGCGACCCUGUUGACUAUUAGGAACAAAAGUGUAUUGAAAUUCACAUCACAACACAUCGGCUCAGCUACAUACUCUGAUGCAACCAGUGGCAAAGAAUGUAAGACGAGUAGCAGCAGCGAUCCGGUGGCAGAUAAAACAAGAAACACCUCUGAAAAAUUGACAGAAGAAGCAGGCAGAGAUGGAAGCAACUGGUUUGGGGUCAAAGGGAUUUUGGCACAUCUGUGA